AUGCUGCACAAUGUGGAACCCGAGCGCCAAGAACGGCUUACCAGCACUGAUACCAAUAUCAAGCGGCGGGUGCUGGCAUUGAUUGAUGCUCUGGACGCCGUGGCAAAGGCGGAUACCACCGACACUGCUUUGAUGCAUCGCCUGGACACGUUACGGCAACGCGCACAAUGCUCGGAUGUGAGCGCACCACUUUCGGCCAAGUCGUUACCCGAGGCGUGGGAGCGGCUGUGCCAGGCUCACGAACGUCUCAGCUCGCCCAAACAGAAUGGGCUGGAGCAGCUCGCAGACUGGAGAGCAGAACACGAUUAUGAGCAUCAGGACUGGUACCUGGCGUUUGUGCUGCACGAGACACAAGCCCUGUUGCAGCAGCUGCACGAUAUGAUCGACUGGCAGGCCAAGACGCUGUCCGUGCUGACUGCAUGCAAAGAAUAUGCAAGCGACAUCACGCAGAGCAGCGCAGAUCAAGUUGUAUCCAUUUAUGAGGAGGUGGCCGAGCUGCAGAAGAAAAUUCAGGCAACCACAGCAUUCUUGGCUUUUGUGUCAGACGACAUGCGAGCUGGUAUACAAGCCAACCUGGAUGAAGAGAAGGAACGACUUUCGACGUUGCAGCAGCAGCUAUCGAAGGCAACACAGGUGGACCAGGUGGCAGCACUGGCAGAGCUACUGCACCAACACUUUCCGGCCCUCUUGAUCUUUUUGCACCCUGAGCACAGUGCAUUGGGUGUACACCUCCGCAAAGUACUUGGCCCCGACCUUCCAGCCAGUCUGAUCUUGGAGGCCAUGACCGAAGUGGACCAAGUGUUGACGCUCUCCUGCCUGGGUCAGCUUGAGCUCCAUUACAACCAAAACCACAAGGUGUACAAAGCUCGUGCAGCGCUGCCAAAUCGGCCUGAGCAAGAACAGGAUUUGGCUGUCAAGGAGUAUGCAUUUGCCCAGCAACACAAGCAAAAUCAGUGUCGUACGUUUCUGCGCGAGCUUCGCGCCAUGCGCCAGCUUGAGCAUCCAAACAUCGUUCCAGUCCUCGGUGCGCUUGUGGGCGUGCAUGAUGGCCACCCAAGCGCCUAUCUGGUGCAGCCGUGGUGUACACAGGGGGAUCUGCAGCAGUGGCUCGGCAAGGCGCGGCAUCUGGCCGCCUCGACCGUCGUUGCGAGUUUGAUGACGCAGCUGCGCAUGGCCCUGGCGUUUAUGCAUAGCAAGGGCCUGGUGCAUCGGGAUGUCAAGCUGAGCAAUAUGUGCAAUUCGACGAGCGAGUUGUACAAGGAAACACGGGCCUUGCUUGCAACAGAUCCAAAGCAGCGGCCAAGUCUCUUCAGCGCCGGGCAAAGAGUGCAGCGACCUGUCACGACUCAAGCUGUUGGACCAGCCAUUGACGUUUUACGCGACGCACCCGAGCUCAUCCCAGAGGUGGUUGAGCUGCUACAGCAGCUGAGUGCUGACGGGCGAGGGCCAAGCAACAUUGCAGUGCGGCGGGUGGAGCGUGUGCAGAACCCCGUGCUGUGGGAACGGUACAGCGCCAAGCGAUGGGAGAUGCUGCACCGCAUUACAAGUCAGGAGCACUAUGAUCAACUUCAUACGGCCACAGUAGAUGCGCUCUCGGGCUGUCCAGCUUUGCUUCGAAAUACACCCUGUCAAGAGCGCUUGUUGCUUCACGGCAUCGCCCCUGACACAAUGUUGCGCGACAAGAUUGUGCGCCUGGGCUUUGACUAUCGUUUCGCUGGUCGCAGCUCAGGCCACAAUUAUGGACUUGGUGUUUACUUGGCCAAUCAUCCCGGCAAGAGUCACCAAUAUGCGACGCCCGGAGCAAACGGCGAGCGCAUGCUCAUUAUUACGCGAGCUCUGUUGGGCCGUGCCUAUGUCCAUCCUUCGCCUCCUUUCGGGGCGCUGGCUCCCCCGCUGCUGCCCGAUGCACCCAACAACGAGCGAUUUGAUUCUGUCAUUGCUACACCGCAAGUUACGUUUCGCGAGGUGAUAAUGUUCGACAACGCCCAGAUUUACCCCGAACUAGUCGUCUACUACACUGCCUAG